AUGAUGGGUCUAUGCGAUUCAUCGAAAGAAUCAUGCAAUUAUAUUCUAAAGCAAGGCAAUGGCAAUAGUUUAGUGUUAAUUUUGGGUGGUGCGAAAGAAGCACUGGAUGCUCGACCAUCGGAUGAAUACAUUUUGACACUUAAAAAUCGUAAAGGUUUCAUUAAAAUUGCUCUAACCAAUGGUGCAAGUCUUGUACCUGUAUUUUCAUUCGGAGAAAAUGAUCUUUACGCACAAGUAUCUAAUCCACGUGGUUCAAAAAUUCGACAAUUACAAAAUUAUUUACAAAGAAAAAUGGGCUAUUCGUUACCGUUAUUCAAUGGACGUGGUGUGUUUCAAUAUGCAAUUGGAUUUUUACCUAAUCGACGUCCAAUCGAUACGUAUGUUGGUGCACCGAUUGCUUUGCCGAAAUUAGAAGAAGGUAAAAUAACACCUGAGAUUGUCGACCAAUAUCAUAAGCAAUACAUGGAAGCGUUGACACAUCUAUUCGAUACAUACAAGGCGAAGCAUGGUCAAGCUAGUGCAACAAUCAUAUAUGCCGAGGCUGAUUCGAUAUAG